AUGGACGACAUCGAGUCGCUCUUCUCUACGCGGCGUGGGCGGCAUAUGCCGCUUGCGACCGACGAGGAAGAGCAGUCGCAUGUGCUGUUUGACGAGGACGAUAUGGAUUUGCUAGGCGAUGCGCCUGUCCAGCCGAGCCGCACGACAAAUGCCGCGUGGGGAAAAGGAGCGCCGGCCUUGCGCACCGGCUCUACAGCUAGCGUGCACAAGACAGAGAGUCUGUUUGAUCGCGAUGUGGACGAAGACGAGUACACGGAAGAUUUGCACUUGCGCCCCAUUGGCUCGAGUAAGCAGAUCGAGGCCGACGACGAGCCAGACAUGCCGUGGCAGCCAACCGCGCAUGCAAGCCGACGAACGCGCAGCGGCCCCAGCAGGCGGCGUGCAAGCCGCGCGCGUGCAGCGCCGUCCCAGGAAGCGCAGCGGCUCCCAGAGACUCCUUCUAUUCUGUCGCUCCUCGCCCAGGACGUUGUAUGGCAGCUGCGUUCCUUCCGUCAGCGAUUUCAACGGCGCAUGCACAAGCUGCAAGGACGGCACGUUCAGCAAACGACACGCACAAUCAUUGUGAAUGAUCCUACACUAACGACCCAGCAUAUUGGGUACAAUACCAAUCAGGUACUCACGAACAAGUACAAUGUCGUGACGUUUGUGCCGCGUUUCCUAUGCGAGCAAUUUGCCAAGUACGCCAACGUUUUCUUCUUGUUCAUUGGGAUUCUCCAACAGAUCCCCGGUGUAUCGCCGACCAACCGAUGGACUACGCUUGUGCCGCUCGCGAUCGUGCUGCUCGCCAGUGCAUGCACGGAAAUCACCGAAGAUUGGCGGCGCUACAAGUCCGAUGCCGAGAUGAAUGCACGGCUCGUCCAAGUCCUCGAUCCCAGUACAUCGUCAUGGAUAAAGCGGCCGUGGCGUGACGUUGCGGUGGGCGACAUUGUGCGUGUAGAGCGCAACGAGUUCUUCCCCGCCGACCUUGUCCUGCUCAGCAGUUCCGAGCCCGAAGGCUUGGCGUACGUCGAAACGGCGAAUUUGGACGGCGAGACCAACUUGAAGAUCAAACAGGCUCCGACGCAAACGGCGCAAUGCACGUCGGCGCGCACUGCCGCCGAAAUACAGGGCUCGCUCGUGUGCGAGGUGCCGAACAAUAGCCUGUACACGUUUGAAGGCACGAUGCAGCUAUCCAGCACCUUUCCUGUGGGCCCCGACCAGCUGCUCUUGCGCGGCGCGCAGCUGCGCAACGCGCCGUGGAUCUAUGGCCUGGCCGUGUUUACAGGCCACGAUACCAAAUUGUUGCAGAAUGCGACCAGCUCUCCAUUGAAACGUACGCGUGUCGAGAAACAGGUCAAUGCUCUAAUUCUUUCCCUCUUCGUCCUCCUCCUUGCACUUUCCAUCUUUUGUGCGGUUGGCGCCCUUUUUAAUGCGCGCAGGGAAAAGUACGCGGCGCUGUACCUGAUGCCCCAGCUCGACGCACGCACGUCUGCACGCGCGUUUGUCGAGUCUAUUCUUACGUUUAUUAUCUUGUACAACAGCCUGAUCCCCAUCUCGCUGAUCGUGUCCAUGGACAUGGUCAAGUUCCAGCUUGCAUCUCUGAUCAACUCGGACUUGGACAUGUACUAUGCGCCCUCCGAUACCCCCGCACUGUGCCGCCGCCCGAACUUGGUCGAGGAUCUGGGGCAGGUCGAGUACAUUUUUAGCGACAAGACCGGGACAUUGACGCGCAACGAAAUGGAGUUUAAACAAGCGGCCAUUGGCGGCAUUUCUUUUCUUGACACGCCCGGCGAGGCGCGCGCUGAGGAUGAGUUUGAGGGCGCGCGUCUUGUCGUGGGCCAGCGUACCUGGGCCACGCUUCCCGCUAUCCUGGAGCACAAUAAGGACGGACUGAGGCGCCUUUGCGACGAAUUUCUCACCGUGCUUGCCGUAUGCCACACUGUGAUUCCAGAGACGGUGGAUGGAAAGAUUGUGUUCCAGGCAUCCUCGCCCGACGAGGCUGCCCUCGUCGCUGGCGCACAGUCACUCGGCUACGCUUUCACGACGCGCAAACCGCACGCUGUGUACAUAAAUGUGCGUGGCGAGACGCGAGAGUACCAGGUGCUCCAGGUAUGCGAAUUCAACAGUACACGCAAGCGCAUGUCGACCAUUGUGCGCCUCCCAAACGGGCAAAUCACGCUGUUUUGCAAAGGCGCCGACACGGUGAUUUUUCCGCGACUCAAGCCAGACCAGGAAUGCACCGAGGCCACGCUAGGCUACCUGGAAGAGUAUGCUGCGCAAGGUCUCCGCACACUCUGUAUCGCCCGGCGAAACCUCGCUGUUGAAGAGCACGCGGCGUGGGCGCAAAAGUACGAGCGUGCUGCUGCAAGCGUGCACGACCGAGCCGGGGCGCUUGAUGCCGUCGCCGAGGAAAUCGAGGUGGAGCUGGAACUGCUCGGCGCGACUGCGAUUGAAGACAAGCUCCAGGACGGCGUGCCAGACACGAUUGCGACGCUGCAAGCCGCCGGGAUCAAAGUAUGGAUUCUCACCGGCGACCGGCAAGAGACGGCCAUCAACAUUGGCUACUCGUGCCGCCUGAUUUCAGAGAGCAUGAAUCUGCUGAUUGUCAACGAAGCAACACCUGCCGAGACCGCCGAGGCAGUGCGCCAGCAGCUAGAGACUGUGCGCACACAGCUGGGCGAUACAGGCCCCCAAGAGGAGCUUGCUCUGAUUGUAGAAGGGCGCAGCCUGCAGCAUGCGCUCCAGCCAUCGCUCGCACCGCUCUUUUUAAGCCUUGCUGGCUCGUGCAAGGCUGUGAUCUGCUGCCGUGUGUCGCCACUGCAAAAAGCACUUGUGGUCGAGCUGGUCAAGCAGCAUACCAAUGCUAUUCUGCUUGCGAUCGGCGACGGCGCCAACGAUGUAGGUAUGAUCCAGGCGGCGCAUCUUGGCGUGGGUAUCAGCGGUCUUGAGGGCCUGCAAGCCGCGCGCUCUGCGGAUGUGGCCAUCGGCCAGUUCCGCUUUUUGAAAAAGCUUUUGCUGGUGCACGGAACGUGGAGCUAUGCGAGACUGAGCAAAAUGAUUCUGUACUCUUUCUACAAGACCGUCACCCUCUACCUCACCCUGUUUUGGCUUUCGUUUUAUAACCGAUUUUCGGGCCAAACGGCGUACGAGUCUUGGACGCAGUCUUUCUACAAUGUGCUCUUCACCAUGAUGCCGACGCUCGUGCUCGGCAUCUUUGACCAGUACCUCAGCGCGGCGAUGCUCGAGCGCUACCCACAGCUCUACGGACAAGCCUUCUUUACCGGAUGGGACAUUGGGAUGUGGAUGGCAAACGCCGUGUACCACUCCAUUGUCAACUUCUUCCUCGUUACCUACGCAUUUUACGACACAAUCAAUGAUGGUCAAGGCCAGUCGGCAUACUACUGGAUAUGGGGUACUACCUUGUACUUCACCAUGCUUACCACCGCGCUUGGAAAAGCCGCAGUCGUCUCGAAUCUAUGGACGCGGUACACUCUCAUGGCCAUUCCCGGUUCGCUUGGCAUCACACUCGCAUUUUUUGUCGUGUUUGGAACGGUAGCGCCGGGGCUGGGCGUGUCGAUGGAGUACUAUAGCAUUGUGCCGCGCCUCCUUGGGCUCCCCGUUUUUUGGCUCUUGCUUGUCUUUGUGCCUGUAUGUGCACUGCUCCGCGACGUGCUUUGGCGCUUUUACCAGCGCACAUACAGGCCCAAGGACUACCACAUUGUGCAGGAAAUGCAAAAGUACAAGCUCCAGGACGUGUAUCCGCGCACGGACCAGUUCCAGAAAAAUAUCCGCAAGGUGCGGGCAGUGCAGCGAGUGCGCCGCUCGCGUGGAUAUGCUUUUUCGCAGACGGAGGGCGAGCAGGCGGACUUGAUCCGACAGUACGAUACCACCAAGGAGCGGCCGAGUGGUUUGUAG